CAUUUUUUCCACACGAAUCAUUCAGUUCCAAGCCGCUCGUGUCGAACGUGUUAACCGAAAGCAUGACGCUCCUCGCGAGAAUCGUCAAGUGUGAGACACGCUUAACCAGAUCCUACAGCAAUGCCGCCCCGACAGUUAAAAUGUACAUCGAUGGACAAUUCAUAGAGUCAAAGGCCACGGAGUUCACGGAUGUCCACGAUCCAGCGACGAAUCAAUUGUUAUGCCGCACUCCAAAAUGCACGAGGAACGAGAUGGAGAGUGCGGUACAGAGUGCACGGAAGGCAUACGAGAGCUGGCGGCACACCAGCGUGCUAACGAGACAAAAUUUGAUGCUAAGAUAUCAGGCUCUCAUCCGCGAACACUCGAAAGAUAUUGCGGCGAAUCUCGUGAAAGAAAAUGGAAAGACUAUGGCUGACGCGGAGGGAGAUGUGCUUCGAGGUCUUCAGGUCGUCGAUGCGUGCACGUCGAUCCCGAUGCUGCAAAUGGGCGAAUCCACGGCCAAUAUCGCCACGGACAUGGACAUCAUCUCGUACAAAGUACCUCUCGGUAUUACCGCAUCCAUUUGUCCCUUCAACUUCCCCGCUAUGAUACCGCUCUGGUCGUUUCCGAUAUCGGUCGCGUGCGGGAACGCCGCUAUCCUGAAGCCGUCGGAACGGGUACCAGGUGCGUCCAUGAUCCUCGCUGAACUCUUCACGAAAGCCGGUGCACCAGCUGGCCUUCUGAAUGUAAUACACGGCCAACAUGCAGCUGUAGACUUCAUCUGCGAGCAUCCCGACAUCAAGGCUGUCUCGUUCGUCGGUUCCGAUCAGGCGGGCAAGUAUAUUUACAAGCAGAGCAGCGCGCACGGCAAAAGGGUACAGUGCAACAUGGGCGCUAAGAAUCAUUGCGUCGUUCUGCCAGACGCGAAUAAGAACAAAACGUUGUCGCAAAUCGCCGGGGCGGCUUUCGGCGCCGCCGGGCAGCGAUGCAUGGCGCUCUCGGUGGCCAUUUUCGUGGGCAAAUCCAAGGAAUGGAUACCCGAACUAGUAGAGGCGGCGAAGAAGUUGAAGGUAAACGCCGGUCACGUGCCCGGCACGGAUCUGGGACCUGUUAUAUCGCCGCAAGCGAAGCAGAGGAUCAGAGAGCUGGUCGAAUCCGGCGUUAAAGACGGCGCGAAAUUGGAUCUCGACGGACGAGAUAUCGUUGUGCCCGGCUACGAAAACGGGAAUUUCGUCGGACCCACAGUGUUAACUGACGUUAAGCCUACGAUGAAGUGUUACACGGAAGAAAUAUUCGGACCCGUUUUAUCGUGCAUGUUCGCCGACACCACCGACGAGGCCAUCGACAUCAUCAAUAAAAAUCCUUACGGCAAUGGCACGGCAAUUUUCACGACAAAUGGGGCGACAGCCAGGGCAUUCGUAAACAGAAUCGAAGCCGGCCAAGUCGGAAUUAAUGUUCCCAUACCCGUUCCUCUACCGAUGUUCAGUUUCACUGGUAACAAGGGUUCCUUCCUCGGCGAUAUGCACUUUUACGGCAAAUACGGAGUAAAUUUCCACACGCAAACGAAGACAAUAACACAGCUAUGGAGAUCCAGUGAUGCUACCGAUAUCGCGUCGUCGACGGCGAUGCCUACUAUGCAAUGAGACUGUAAUUACGUGUGAUUUUAUGAUAUACCAAAACUUCACUCAACUUCACUGUGUUCUUAAAUUUCAUGAGUAAGAACGUAAAAAGCUUAAUUCCGUGAUUCGUCACGCAAUUAUAAACAAUGUCUUCCAUUGUUGUGUACAAAUCUGUUUCUGUAAAUGUUGAGCAUAUUUUUAUGGCCUAGAUAGACUACAUAUAUUUUUUAUACCACAAUAAAAUGUAGUACAAAUAUCAA